UUGGCUAAAGUAGCUGAACAGCACAAACAAGAAGCUGAAAUAAAAUUGAAGCAUUCAUCAUUUCACGAGGAGCUCGAGGAAGGUGGCUUGCUAAUGGAACAGCAAAAAUCAUGAAGUCGCUGAUCACCGAAGUGGAACGGUGCAAAAAGUGGGCCGAGGAGGCAGAAGUUUGUCGUGAUGCAGCCGAGAGGGAGCUGGAGAAGUGGAGGCAAAGGACCGAUGAAGCGCUUCACUUUAAAGUCUUGGCAGAGGAGACGGCUAAAAAGAGAGCUCGUGCACAGGAGGAGGCCGAGCGCCAGAAGUCACUCGCUCAACACGAGGCGAAGGAAUGCGCCAAAUCGGAGGAGGCGGCUCUCCGGCAGAAACGGCACGCCGAAGACGAACUGGAGAAAAUGAGAAAAUUGGCCGCGGAAACCGCAAACGAGAAACGUUUGGCGGAGAUGGAACUUGCGCGUUUGCGCACGUGCAUGGAAGAAAAUGCUCAGCACGUUGUGCUCCUGGAAGAGGAGGUAACGCGCGCCAGGGCUCACGCGUCAGAAGCGGUGCGUCAGAAAAGAAUCCUCGAGGAAGAGCUCGCUAAAGUCAAAGCGCAGCUCCAGGAGCUCAUUAAACUCAAGCUGCGUAACGAGAACGAUCAAAGGAGAUGGUCAGAACAGGAAUUUAGUAAGAUGCAGAAGGCCCUUGAGGAAGAAGCGGUCGCAAAGUUGAAGGACAUGGAACAGGAGACUGUACAACUGAGAGCUCUGGCUGAGCAAGCAAUGCAACAGAGCCUCCAAGCAGAGGCGGCCUUGGCUCAGCAGAGGGAAGAUGCAAAGCAAAUGUUCAGAGAUAAGUUGGCUGCCAUUCAGGAGGCAUGCAGACUCAAGGAAGAAUCGGAGCUGGCGCUCAAGGAAAAAGAGCAGGAGGCAGAGAGGCUGAAGGUUUUGGCCAAAGAGGAGGCAUACCAGAGGCAGUUGGUUGAAGAAAAGGCAGCCCGAGAAAAAAAGGCCAUAGAAGAAGAGAAGGAGCAAAUGCGACUGCAGUCUGAGGACGAGAUAAGGAAACAGCAGGUCAUCGUUCAAGAAACAUGUUUCCAGCGAACCUUAAUACAAGAAGAAAUCCAGCUGCUAAGAAAUAAGGUGGAUGAUACUCUUCAGGAAAGGGUUAAUUUGGAAGGACAGCUCCUGCAGCUGAAGGAAUUGGCUGAUGAAACUGCACGGCUGAAGGAACAGGCCGAGUUGGAGGCGCAACAGCAGAGACAGUUUGCCCUGCAGGAGGCCCGGAAGAAACGAGAAGCUGAGGAUCACGUCCAGCGUUUGAUGAAGGCUGAACGAGACGCGGCGCAGCAGUGUCGGUGCGCGCUUGACGAGCUUGAAAAUCUCAGGCAACGGGAGCGCGAGGCACUGAUUCUGAAAGAGCAGUCUGAGCAGGAAGCGGUCAGACAGAUCGCGUUGGCAAAAGAAGCCGCUCAAACGCAAAUAGAGGCGGAAACGCAGGCCAGUUUGGCGCUGCUGGAAAUGAAGUGCGCGGAAAGUGAGAAAUUGGCUUCUGAGGAAAAAGAGAAAAUUCUGCGGAUUGAAGAGGAGGCCAGCCGAGCCAAGAGGCUUGCUGCGGAGGCAGACCUCGCGAGGAAGCGGGCGGAGAUGGAACUGCUUCUCUUUCAACAGCAGGCUGAAGAAGCACGGCGCCUGAAAGCUCAGGCUGAAGACUCUGCCGUGCAUACUGCUCAGGCUCAGGAGGAGGCCGAACGGCGUCGAAAGGAAGCGGAGGAGAACGCGGGCAGAUGUGCGGAUGCUGAGGCCGAGGCCCUGCGGCAAAAGGCACUCGCGGAAGCUGAGAUUGAACGACAAAGACGCAUUGCUCAAGAGACGGACAACCAAAGGGCGUCGACUGAACUAGAAUUGAACGAGCUACGCUCCCAGUUGGGUAAGACCAAAUGUCAAAAGAAGGAUCUAGAAGAAGAGCUGAUUUCUCAGAAAGCUGAAGUAGCAGAGGCCGUGCAUCAGAAGAGCAUUGUGGAAGAAGAGCUGGCAGAUCUUAAAGCUCGGAUGCAAAAGGUGCUUGAAAUGCACAACAACGAUGAGCAAAUGAAGAACCUUCAUGAAAAAGCCGAAGAAGAGAAGAGUGUGCUACUGCUAGGAGAAGAAGAAAAGUUGAGGGUGGCCACGAUGGAAGCAGAGCAUCUCCGUGCAGAGGCGGACGAAUCCGCCAGGCUGCAAAGGAAAUCUGAGCAAGAAUUGCAAAAUCAGAGAGAGCUUACGGGGAGGAUGGAGGAGGAGAAGCUCCAGGCAAUCCUGGAAGGACUGCGGCUCCAGCAAGAGACGGAGGCGGUGCAGAGACAGCAAGAGAAUGCGGAAGAAAAUCUCAAAGCGUUGGCCGAAGACAAAGAGCGCUACCAGCAGCUGCUCGUGUCCGAGUCGGAGCUUUUCAAGAAGACGCUAAACGAAGGAGCACCGGCGUCAGGAAGCGCUGCUGGAGGAGGCGGAUCGCCUCCGCCGACUCGUGGAGCAGCUCACCCUGGAGCGCUCGCAGGCACAGGAAGCGGCGGCGAAUGCCAAAGCGCAGUUUGACAAAGCACCGACGUUGGUCACGGAUGCUGGGCAGCAGACAGACCUCCACAAGCAAAUGAAAAACAUUGGCACCGACACCGUUUUUCUUUCGGAUAAGGAAUGCUCACGUGUGCAUUGGCAAGACGGUGAAGACAAAACAACAUCGAGCAGCGAUGAGCGUCGUGAGGACAGCAUUCCGCACGUGUCUGUGGGGGAGAGUGUGAAGCAAGGCGACGAAGAUGUCAUUCCGGGAGGCAGAAAAUUGCAGCUUCAGCCCCGCGUAAUGGUUGACACUGAGAAAAUAAUUCACCAAGCGGAGAUUGAUCAGGGACAGAUAGCAAGCGCGUGCCAUGAUUUUGAAUCUGGCAGCAAGAUAUGUCUAGAAAUAGCAGUCCAGACCGAGCCAGGAGAUUUUAGUUCAGAAAAUAAAAAUGGGCACCAAACAAAGCCAACGCGACUUGCUGAAAGAGAUGAGUUAAGUGACGAAAAAACCAAAGAGUAUGAUGAAGGCACUGUUGGUCAACCUAUAUCAGUUGAUGGGUCUUUUUUGAAAGAGUCUGAGAUUAGUGCAAGCAAUGCGGUAACAUUGCCUACGGAUGAGCAUCAUGUUUUGUCUCAGUGCGUGCAAGAUGAGACGCUAAGAAAAGAAGAACCACUUAAUAUUGAGGUUUCGGCGAACAAAGCACGUGGUCUUUUCAUUAUCGAAGAUAUGUCUGUGGAUGUAACAUCUGGCUUAGAUGAGGUUUCACUGCUCGAAGGGGAAGAACAUCUUGGCAGAAGUGAGAAUUCAACAGUUGUUCUUGAGCAGGGAGGAAUCCGUCAUGCGUUGGAAAUGGGAGGUACUACUUUAACAUCUGACCAUCAGUGCGCAGAGGUUGAGCUCAUUGCAGUUGAAGAUGACAAACCAUCAAAUGUAGAAAUAACCGGUGGAAGACAAGAAGAUCAAUGUGAUGCCAGACUCGAGGCAAUGGAUACCCGUGCAGAAAGUGGAGUGGUUGAAAAAAAAGAAAAGAAACCACGCGAUGAAAUUAUUAGCUUGAGUGAUCAUCUGAAGGCUGGCGAUAAAGCAGGUUUAGUGACGGAAGGAGCUGAACCUGUAUUUGAAACAGAAAAAUUGCCCAUAGACAAAUCUCGUGAAACUGUAGUACAACAAGAAUCCCAUAAUGACUACACGGGAAUACUGCCUACAUAUGUUGACGCUACUACGUUAGUCGGUGAACAACCGUUGGAAAUGACGGUCACUGAGGGUGGUAGUGCACGUGAUUCACAAUCAGAAAUUACGGGUACUCGCUGUGAUCAGGGGCCUGUCGUUGAUGCCAGUGUUCAGCAAAUGGGACCUUCCGAUUCAACAGCAACCACAUUCGGGGCUCAAUCUGAAGUCGACGCAAAGACGCACCCAAGUAUCGUAAAACUGGCGGUGGGUGCCGAAAGGACGACACUUCGAAUAACAGGGGGUGCGCAAGGUGGUCAGACGGAGCCCAUCGCAGACACCAAAUUUACAGAGAGGACUAAAUUAGACGAGUCGCAAAUAUCUCACGAGACUCAGGUGCUGCACAAGAAAAUUGAGGAAGAAGCCUUUAAGCACAAGACUGAGAGGGAGACGCUCUUAAUGAAGCAGAAGCUUCUCGACGAGGAAAAAGG